GAGAUGCUGGUGAAAACUUGGAGUUGUUCUUGGUAAUUAGCUACUGGAAAGAAACUGUUCAUAAAUACUCUCAGCUCCCAAGCCUGUCAGUGCCAACGCUGGUACUGCUGAAGUGAUAAUUGCAGCUCAGAGGGGAGGUGAGGUCACUGAGUCACAACCUAUAUCUCAGGGUCUGGCUGCCUCUCUGUUACCUGUACUGAUAGUGCUGACUUCACAAUGAGCCAGUGUCCAGGCAGCAGGAAGAAGUCAGUGGGUUUUCUCUUUAUCAACCUGAGAGGUAGAAACUGUAAGGGAAGGUAUAUGAGGAGUGUGGGUAAGUGAACAUACUGCACAAAGGGAUCUUGUGGUUCUCCCUAGCUCAGAGAACAAAACUAAGUCACUGAGAAGUGACAGGAUGGCCACCAGGGAUUUGGUAGCUGGAAUGAUGAUUUUACUACAGACUACAAUUGGAGUCUUGGGGAAUUUCUCUCUGCUUUACCAUUAUGUUUUCCUUUAUUUCACUGGUUACAGGCUGAGGCCCACAGAUUUGAUUAUCAACAACCUGAUUGUAGCCAACUUUUCAGUUCUGUUUUCUAGUGGACUCUCCUAUACCUUGGCAUCCUUUGGGUGGUAUCAUCACUUCAAUGAUUUUGGAUGCAAAUUUUUCCUCUAUGUACGUGGAGUGGGCAGGGGUGUGUCCAUUGGCACCACCUGCCUUCUGAGCAUCAUCCAAGCCAUCAUCAUCAGCCCUAUGAACUCCAGGUGGGCAAAGCUUAAACAUAAAGCUCCCAAGUACAUUGUCCCUUUAAUUUUUCUGUACUGGGUCCUGCAAAUGUUGAUAAAUGUUGUUUUUCUUAUGUAUAUGUCUAGCAAUUUAAGCUACAAAAAUAUCACGAAUAUAAAACGUUUUGGGUACUGUUUUGCUGUUCGUCAUGAUAACAUGAGGGACUGGUUAUAUGCUGUAUUGAUAACAUCCCCUGAUUUUUUAUGUUUUGUGCUCAUGCUCUGGGCAAGUGGCUCCAUGGUCUUCAUCCUGUACAGACACAAGCAGAGGGUCCAACACAUUCACAGAACCCACCUCUUUUCUCAAUCUUCUCCUGAGUCCACAGCUACCAAAACCAUUCUUCUCCUGGUGAGCACAUUUGUGUUUUUGAACACCCUUUCCUCCAUCUUUCAUAUUAUUUUAGCUAUUUUAAAUAAUCCCAACUGGUUCAUCUGGAAUACCAAUUCAGUACUCACUCUGAGUUUCCCAACUAUCAGUCCCUUUCUGAUCCUGAUCCGUGACUCCAGAGUCUCCAGGCUCAGCUUUGCCUUGAUAAGGAGUAGAAAAUUGCCUAAUAUUAUGAGAAGUAUGUAAGUUUUAUGUAUGUGAACAUUGUUCAUUUGGUAACUCACACAUCCCUCUCAGAGUUAUAAUGGUACAGAGGUCAUGGUAAGCAUGUUCAUCAGAGUAAAUAAUUUAUAGUA